UCAGACUUCACUCACUCUUCAACCUGAACACACACUGUUCACUUGUGUCUGGAAGAUCUUCUCUGUUUGAAUACUCUCGAGUCGUUGGUUGGACUGAAAAAUCGUUGUGAGAAUUUCGUUGUGGCUUUGCCCUUUGAACCUGUUCGUUGAACCUGUUCUGUAUUUUGACAUACAGCAACAAAAUGUCCUUUGUUGAAGGAAGGAUGACCAUCUACAGACCCAUCAGGGUGUUGUUUGACACACCCAUAUAUGAGCGAGCUCUGCAGAUCUGCUGGCACUUGCCCUCUUAUAAGUCUAUGAUUGCACUGAUGUCUCAGUUGUUGAGGCUUCAGCAGAAAAACCAGCUCCCAUCUGAGGUGACUGCUGAAAAGAUGAGUGAGCUGCUGGUUGAGCAGAGCAAAGGGACACUGAGAGUACAAAGGCUCUGGGAGUUUGAACUGGACGGUUAUGAUGCUGACGUCAGGCCUCUUCUUCAGCUGGUGUGGGAGGUGAACAACAGCAUGAAGAUGAGAGACAUUGAGUUUGAAGCCAGAAGGCUGCUCAGCUGUCCAGAGGCCGUCCCUCCUCAUUUUCAACAUCCCAAGAUCAUCAGCAAGGCCCUGAAGUAUGCCGGGAUCCUGACCAAGCAGCAGCAAAAAGGCCCCAAGUCCAAACUGCUCUGCCCAAUGGAGGUGGUGUUAAAAGUGCUUCCAAAAGUCCUGCAGGGCUUCUGGUUGCCCCCUCCAAACACCUCCUUCAACAUGCCCUCCCAGCAGCUGAGUAAAAUGGCUGUUGGGGUGACAAAAGCAGUCCAGGACCGGGUAUCCAAGGCUCUGUCCUCCGUGCUCCUUCAGGCCACUUUCUCCUCCUCCAUCAGAGACAACAUGGUCCUGUCUAUCCAGGAAAAGGUUAGACAGGGUUACCCUCAAGACGUCCUGGUGAAGCGGCUCAACAGCUUUGCAGCAGAGGUGCUGAACACCAUCACUGAUGUUGCAGUGAGAGAGAUAUGUGCGCUGUUUCAGCCUCAGACUCCACAAGCCGUUCAGACCCCCUCUGAUGAACCUCCUGCACAAACUGCCGUCCAGAAUGUUUUUGACAGAAGCUUGGACGAAACUGAACCAGAACCAGACUCGGCUGUGGUUUCUACUCCACCACGUCCUCUGACCACUGUUGAUGAACCUCCAGCCCACACUGCUAGUCCAGAACCAGACUAUACCUUUGUUGAUGAUGAUGCAGAGGCCAGUACCAGCUCUACUAAAGAUGAGGAGCCUGGUCUGCAGGAGGAGAUCAGAGAAAUGAUCUCUGCUGUCAUUACUAUUCUACCAGCUCCAGCUAAACCUUCUGCCCAUACUGCAAUCCAGAAUGUCUUCAACAGAAGCCUGGGUGAAACUGAGGGACAUACAGAAUCAGAGUCUGUUGUGGUUCCUACUUUUACAGCAGUCAAAAAGAGAAAGAAGAGUAAAUUCAGAUGUUUCGUGAACUGGCUGCAAAGAAACUGCUGCUGUUUCCCGUCUGGAGAAAACGAAUUGAACUGAAAUGUCCCUCUGUGAAAACUUUGUGUUGAGAUGUGGUGUUUGUUUUUUAAUUCUUCAUUUCACUUGUUGUAAAU